ACUCUGCCAUGGCAACUAGAAUGGCAGAGAGCUACAGCACUCUCCGCCAUUCUUCAUUUCCAGCCGUUGGAUCAAACGCGAAUGCACAGGAUUGAUCGCUACAGUAGUCAGACGAUGCGAACCCCCGUUGCUGCCUCGAUCACUCGACCACGCCCCGAUCCCCACCUCCCCAAUCACCGCCCAUGCCGUCCCCGGAAGGCGGCGACCCCGCCGCCGCGCGCCGCGUGGCCGUGGAGCUGGAGCUGGAGCUCCCGCUAGGCGGCGCGCCGCCCUACCCCGGCGCCGCCCCGUUCGACCUGGAGGCGGCGGUGUGCAGCCACGGGCUGUUCAUGAUGGCGCCCAACCGCUGGGACCCCGCGUCGCGCGCGCUGGUGCGCCCGCUCCGCCUCGCCUCCGACCGCGCCGCCUCCGUCGCCGUCCGCGUCUCCCGCCACCCCGCGCGCCCCUCCGACGCCCUCCUCGUCUCCGUCCUCGGCGCGCCCGACGACGACGCCCUCUCCCCGCUCGACCAGACCUCCAUCCUCGAGCAAGUGCGGCGGAUGCUGCGGCUGGAUGAGGAGGACGGGAGGGCCGUGGCGGAGUUCCAGGCGAUGCACGCCGUGGCGAGGGAGGUGGGGUUCGGGCGCAUCUUCCGCUCGCCCACGCUCUUCGAGGACAUGAUCAAGUGCAUCCUCCUCUGCAAUUGCCAAUGGACAAGGACCUUGUCAAUGUCUACUGCACUGUGUGAGCUUCAGUUGGAGCUAAGAUCUUCAUCUAGCACCGAAAAUUUUCAGUCAAGGACGCCUCCAAUCAGGGAAUGUAAAAGGAAGCGCAGCAAUAAGCGGAAUGUCCGUGUGAAGCUAGAAACAAAAUUUAACGAGGAUAAGAUGGUAUGCCUGGAGGAUCCAAAUCUAGCAACUAACACAGCAAACGAAAACUUAUUUAGCUUGCCUUCAUCUGCAAAUGAAACAGGCAACACAUCUGAGGUCUCAUUGGAUCAUUCAGAGCUUAAAUUGCGAUAUGAACUUUGCUUGGAAGAUUGUGGUGGAGAUUUUCCUACACCGGAAGAAUUGGCAAACCUUGAUGAGGACUUUUUGGCGAAGCGUUGUAAUCUUGGAUAUCGAGCCAGACGAAUUGUAAUGCUUGCACGAAGCAUUGUAGAAGGAAAGAUAUGCCUACAAAAGCUUGAAGAAAUACGCAAAAUGUCUGUACCAACUGUAGAAGGCCUAUCAACUACCCCAUCCACCUAUGAUAGACUGAAUGAAGAGUUAUCCACAAUAUCCGGAUUUGGCCCUUUCACUCGUGCCAAUGUGCUCAUGUGUAUGGGAUUUUUCCACAUGAUCCCAGCUGACACUGAGACAAUUAGGCAUUUAAAGCAGUUUCACAAGAGAGCAAGCACCAUCAGUUCUGUUCAGAAGGAAUUGGAUAAUAUCUACGGCAAGUAUGCCCCGUUUCAGUUCUUGGCAUACUGGUGCGAGCUAUGGGGCUUCUACAACAAGCAGUUCGGUAUAAUCAGUGAUAUGGAACCAAUCAACUACAGACUAUUCACCGCAAGUAAAUUGAAGAAAAGCAACUGUCAAUAGCUGAAAAUGCAGGCAAACAUGUUUCAUUCCAACAAGAAAGAUAAAUAUAUAUUGUGGUUGUUUAUAGCUGCCACUUGUCUCUACUAUAUUAGGAUUGACAUUAUUUAACGUUAACUGCUAGAUACAUCCAGAAAACUUGGUUUGUAUCUCCCCUAAAUUAGCUCUGUUUGUAGGAUGACAUAGCAUCCCAUUCUAGCAUGGGCACCGUAUAUUUUGCUACGCUUAUUGAAUAAAAAUCAUAUGUGCAAUAAGCACUUGUUUCGCUUC